AAAAAUCUUCCUCUCCAAAUUCCUCCAACCAAACACUCCUUAAAGGGUUCUCCAGCUAUUAUUUUCAUACUGCAAGUUCUAUUCAUUGCCAUUCGCAUUCUACAAUCCGCCUUUUUCAUCAUUAGAUGAGAUUCAACAUAUUUUUCGAAACAUGAUCAUUGGUUGAAAAAGAGGAAUAUGGAGGAACCCGUUCCUGAAGACGGUAUAAAGAGGAAACUCACCUGACCUUUGUUUAUAGCCUGAGAAUAGAUAAUGUCAUUCGAUAACACUGCCACAUAAAAUGUCCGAGUUUGAAUAAUUGCCAUAAUGGAGAAACCAAACAAAAUAAAAUCAAAAGAAUGAGGAGCCGAAAUCAAAAUAUCUUGGAGGCUUACUUUUUUCUAAUUAAUUUGGAAUUCACUAGCAGCGUGGGGUGUGUAGUUGAUGGCAAAGAUGAUGUUUGUAUUCUCUAAUGAGCACGAAGGCAAUAAACGCAAAAAAUGCUUGCGUUUUCAUUUAUAAAGUUUUUGCUUCCAUGUCCUGGUCUAACGGGCAAAGUUGGAAUCAGAACGCAAUUAGAUUGUAGAUGGUGGGUGUCGAGAUAUGUGUAGAGAGAAAUGCAAAAAAUUAGAGUGUUGAAAAUGCAUGGUCAUCAAGUUGAUGGCAUAUGAUGCUCUGUUUGCUGCAUACAUAAUACUGAAUCCCCUUCAAAUGACCGUAGUAACAAAAAUUUGAACUAAUUAUAUUUUGGCAGCAUUACCACCAAUGCGAGGUUUGACGAAGGCAAUAUCAUCUACACACCCGAGUCUUCAUCUUUUCCACCCCAACGUAGAAUCCUUUGUCUGGAACAACCUCAUUCGAUUUCGAGUCAAAUUCAAACCCAAACUUGCUCAUCAUUCCCCACUCUCCCUCUACCUUCGUAUGCGCUUCCAUGCCGUAACUCCAGAUCUUCACACCUUCCCUUUCCUUCUCCAAUCCCUCAAUAACCCUUCUCAUCUCUCUCUAGCUCUCCAACUCCAUGUCCAAAUCUUCCUACUUGGUCUCUCCGAUGAUCCUUUUGUUCAAACCUCCCUCAUUAACAUGUACUCUUCAUGUGGUAGUGUCCCCUUCGCACACCGAGUGUUCGAUGAAAUUCCCCAACCAGACGUAUCAUCUUGGAAUGCUAUCAUCCACGCAAAUGCAAAGGUGGGUAUGAUUCACGUGGCGAGGAAACUGUUUGAUCAUAUGCCUCAAAGGAAUGUGAUAUCUUGGAGCUGCAUGAUUCAUGGUUAUGUAAGUUGCGGCGAGUACAAAGCUGCACUUUCCUUGUUUCGGAAUUUGCAGGUUUUGGAGGGUCAUAGAAUUAGACCCAAUGAAUUCACAUUGACGUCUGUGCUAUCAGCUUGUGCGAAGUUAGGUGCUCUUCAACAUGGAAAAUGGGUUCAUGCUUAUAUCGACAAAUCAGGGAUGAAAAUUGACGUUGUUUUGGGGACUGCUUUGAUUGAUAUGUAUGCUAAAUGUGGGAACAUUGAAAGGGCAAAAUGCAUAUUUUAUAAUAUGGGUCUUGAAGAAAAAGAUGUAAUGGCUUGGAGUGCUAUCAUUGCUGCUCUGGCCAUGCAUGGACUUUCAAAGGAAUGCAUUGAACUUUUUGAAAAGAUGAUAAAUGAUGGGGUGUGGCCAAAUGCUGUGACUUUUGUGGGUGUUCUUUGUGCUUGUGUACAUGGAGGUUUAGUUAGUGAAGGGAAUCAAUAUUUCAAGAGGAUGAAAGAAGAGUAUGGUGUUAGUCCUUUGAUACAACAUUAUGGUUGUAUGGUUGAUCUAUACAGUAGAGCCGGUCGAAUUGGAGAUGCUUGGGAUAUUGUGAAAUCAAUACCUAUGGAACCUGAUGUGAUGAUAUGGGGUGCUUUGCUUAGUGGUGCUAGGAUGCAUGGUGACAUUGAAACAUGUGAGAUUUCAAUAAAGAAACUCAUUGAGUUGGACCCUAAAAACAGUGGUGCCUAUGUGCUUCUUUCUAAUGUGUAUGCAAAGAUGGGAAAGUGGAGGGAAGUGAGGCAUCUGAGAGAUGUUAUGGAGCUGAGGGGCGUUAAGAAAGUUCCAGGGUGUAGUUUGGUUGAGAUAGAUGGUGUUCUUCAUGAGUUUUCUGCAGGGGAGGAUUCUCAUCCAGAAACACAAAAUAUAUAUAGAAUGAUUGAUGAGAUUAUGAAGAGGCUGGAGAAGCAUGGUUAUAUACGUAACACCAAUGAGGUAUUGCUUGAUUUGGAUGAGGAAGGAAAGGAGUUGGCAUUAUCUCUUCAUAGUGAAAAAUUAGCACUUGCAUUUUGCUUUCUGAGGACAAGCCCAGGCACCACAAUAAGGAUUGUAAAGAACUUGAGGAUAUGUAGUGAUUGUCAUGUUGUUAUGAAAAUGGUAUCUAGGGAAUUUAAAAGGGAGAUUAUUGUUAGAGAUUGCAACCGUUUUCAUCAUUUUAAAAAUGGUGUGUGCUCCUGCAAAGACUACUGGUAAUAGUUAUUGUUGGAUAUGGCUCAUAUUAAGUGGUAAGGGAGCAAGUCGCCCAAUGAUAGUAAUUAUUGUUGGACAUAUCAUGGAUAAUAUUGUAAUUUGGAUCAAUAGUAUUUAAAUGAGUCAUGUUAAAAGUGUUCUUAGAUCACUUAUUAAGGAAACUAAA